CACAUACUUCCAGUUCAAUUUGUAAGCGACAAAUCUUAUGUGCAGUUGAAAGCAACGUUUCUCCUGAAAACCCUGACAAGGUCUCGAGUCAAGAAGUAUAUUUCCGCCCCUUCCAGCGCUCGCCUAGUAGUAUCUUUCUCUUGCUUUCUGGCUAGUGUGAAUUCCUAAGCAUAGAGCUUGGUAGGCAUCGAGACAGAAAUGGCACAGGCAACUCGGUUAAGCACAGUAGCGCAACGACGCAUCCAGAGCGAGCUGAAUGAGUGGAUGCGGAGCCCGCCCGAGGGCUGCUGCCUGGAAUCGUGCGAGCCGAUGACCUCGUGGGUGGUCAUCAUGCAGGGACCCGAGGGCGCGGGUGGUGUACGGCUGUACUCGGAUGAGGUGUUCCGGGUGCGGAUAGACUUUGGCGAGCAGUACCCACUGGACCCGCCUGACGUCAUCUUCCUGGCGCCCGCGCCCAUCCACCCACACAUCUACAGCAACGGGCACAUCUGCCUGGACAUCCUGUACUCGGGGCGCAAUGGCGGCUGGAGCCCCGCACUCACCAUGAGCAAGGUGGUGCUGAGCCUACGCUCCAUGCUUGCCUCCAACACCGACAAGCGCAAACCGCCCGGGGACGCCGAGUACUGCGCGCGGGUGGGCAACCGCAGCCCCAAGCUCUCCAACUGGGUGUUUGAGGACGACAAGGUAUGAGGCUGAACCGGAGGAGCUGGAGCUGCAGCAUGGAGGACAGGAGCAGGGGGAGCAGGAGCCGGAGGACAGGUCACCAGCUGCGGCGGCAUGGGAGGGCUCGCAGUGACAGGGUGUGCGCGGCUUGGCGGCUUGGUGCCAGUUGCCCGGCGGUCGAGGCGCAGGGAGCUCAGCACAGCGGUGGCGGCGUGCGUGGUGGGACAGGCGGAGCUGGAGGCAGGCCACCAGACAGCUGGGCAUGAUGCAGGUCGGGCUUUUGGGCUGUGGAGCACGGGAGCACAAUGAGCUAUUGACAUAAGGUUAGACUGGGCAUGUUGGUCUUCGGCAGCACGAGUUUGGUCUUGUAUUGCACACAUCAGCGCGGCGUCAUGUCAUCAGUGGUGGACUGCAGCUCGAGUAGGAAUGCCGCCGGGGCAUGGAGCUCCGUUGGGCGCCAGGUGCGCUAAGGCCACAGUACGGUGUGGGCUGCGGGGGGUGGGGCGCAGGGCGGGUGUAGGGACGGACUGGUGGUGGAGCCGGCGGCGGCGUGCCUGGUGCUGGGGCGGCGCCGUACAAGACAUUGUGCAAUGGUGCAUGCGUUGAAGGGCUAGCUAACACAGCGGCGCCAUCCAGGAGUGCGCAUGCGUGUGCGGCUGGACGGCCGGUCCAUGGCGAAGAUGGGUGCGUAAUGCUACUGUAUGCAGAGCAGAUGCUGGCUGCUGCGAAGGGUAUAAGGCAAUGACAUGCGGAGGCGCGGAGGCAACGUCGAAUUGCGGGCACGUUGCGCAUAGACGGGUGGGGUGGUAACCCGGUACGACAAGUCACGCCACACCCCAAGGGAUCAACCUAUAUGGUGCUGUCCCAGUAAGGGCCGCGGAAGGCGGGGGUGCCGGGUGUCCACUGAUCGGCCACGGUCACACGCCCUGGCCCUGGCCUCGCCCUGGCCGUAAGCAUGUUGAUGGUGCUUUGACGUGCCGGUGUUGGACUUUUCAGUAGACCUGGUCACCUGGCCCCGGCCACACAGACUGAUGCAGUAAGUAGCUCUACCCUGUCACGCCGGGCGACUUGCCACGCCGGACGGAAGCCUAGCAGUUGGCGCGGAGCCGCGGAGAUGUCCAAGGGCCGUGGAGGAAGGCAAACCCUAACGGUCCUGGCGAGGUACGCACCCAGGCGAGCGCAAAUGCCGCGUUGUUUCCAACCUGUGCUUCAGCUAUGGCUUCAGAGGUAUCCGUGCAACAAGUUGUCAAACCGCCGGAGGUCAUGUGACGAUGUAACGCUGCCGCCCGUUAGUCCUUGACCAAAAGCCUUCGCUGACGCUAUCGAGCGCGCCUUAUGCCGGUUGGGCAAGGGGUCACUCUGUGUGGCAACGCUGAGGUGGUGGAGCGAGGGUUGGUCAGCCGAGUCGGCUGACAUUUGUCUGUUCUGCUGGUGUGGCCUUAUGCAGUUGGACCGCAGAACAUCAUUAUAUAAUGAGAGCAUCAACACGUUAAAGCAUAAUUCCGUA